AUGGCAGGGAGCAGCGGCAGCAAUAACAACAAAAACAACAACAGCAACAGCAGCAAACAAAAGGGCAGCAAUGCCAGUAGUGCUAAUGGUGGUGGAGGCAAACAAAAGGCAGCAGCAGAGCCCACCAAAGACAAGAAAGCAGGCAAAGACACUAAAGCAAGCAAAGACACUAAAUCCACCAAACAAUCAAGCAAAGACACAGCGAUCCCAACCACAGGAACAGCACUAGCCGCCAAGCCCGUUCUUUUCAGCGGCUGGACAGGCAAAACGCCAGCAACCUUGCUAAACGAAUACGUGCAGAAGCAGCCAACCUGGCACCGAGCGUCCUACAAUGUCUCGGGCGGCACCAACACAGGCGGCUACACGUGCUCGAUCCACCUAGGCAAAAUCGACCCCAAGAACAAAUCCACGCCCUUGGCAGUCCACCUCCGCGCACCCGCCAGCCUCGUGGAGAAGCAGCCGACACCCGUGGAGGCCCGGCACAUGGCAGCCACGUACGCCCUGUAUCGCAUGCGCUCAGACACCAGCAUGUAUCUGAGCCUGCCGCCGGAGCACCGCGCAUACUGGGCGCUGCUGCAGGAGCGGCGCGAGGACGGCCGGUGGAAAUACGCGGCGGAUCCGUUUCUGGCGCAGGCCGAGCGCGAGAAGGCGCAGGCGGAGGGCGACCAGGCCAGGGCAAAGCGGGCAGAGAGGCUCAGGCGCGCAGAGGAGGACGGGCACCGCGAGGAAUUGCUGGCGCCAGGCCUGCGCGCGCGCUGGGAGGAGAUGGCCGAGGCAAGGAUGGCCGAGCACCACCGGCUGCGCGUCGAGGCAGUUGUGCGCGAGUGGACGCGGCACUGGGGCGUGGCGGACCAGGACGCCGGCACGUGCACUGUGGAGGGCCUCGUCCGCCUGGGGUUCCGCCCGGCCCACGCCGAGGAGGCCCUGCUGUAUGCCCGGUCCAAGGAGCGCGCGGUUGAUUGGCUGUGCGUGCACGUGCCCGAAGACGACCUGCCGCGCCAGUUCAUCAGCCGCGUGGAGGCGCCGUCGGUGGUGCGCGGUGGCCGCGUGCGGGCUGCGGCGGAGCGCACGCUGGCGCAGUGCGGCUUUGCCACGGCGCUGGUCAGAGACGCCGUUGGGCGGGCGGCAGAGCGGCUGGGCGACGCGCGCGAGGACGCGGUGGAGGCCGUGGCGGCGCAGCUUCUGGUCGCGCGGCUGCUUGGCGGCUCGGAGGCACGGCUGCUUGGCGGCUCGGGGGCGCGGCAUGGCGACCCCGGCCCCGAGCUGCUGUUCGCCGAGGAGGUCGAGUCGCUGCAGGCGAUAUUCCACGGCGAGGGCUCGCGGGUCGUCAGCAGGGGCGCCUAUGCGCUGAGCGUGCAGCUGCGGCCGCGCGGCAUGGACGCGGCCGGCGGCCUGCGGCUCGAGGUAUGGGUGCCGCCUGGGCUGGACUACCCCGGGGCGCAGGCGCCGUUCAUGGCGGUCAGCGGCGCGCUGCCGGCGUUUCUCAAGCUGCAUGUGGCGCGCAAGAUCGCCGCGUGCGUGCGUGCCGACGGGCUGCCGCUGGUCUUCGACGCCGUGUGCGCCGCCGAGGACGGGCUGGCGCAGUGGGUGGCCGCGCCGCCGCCCCUGGUCGAGCUGCGGAGCGGCGUGGCCAGCGCCGGUGCACGCGAGCCGACCGGCGGCCGCGAGCCGGGUGCGCCGGGCGCAGCGGCCGCGCCGAGGCCUGGCCGCCGCACCCGCCCGGCGUCCAACGCCACCGCGCAGCUGGCCGCCCAGUUUGCGCGGCUGCAGACGGACGCCACGUACCAGAAGAUGCAGGCGGCGCGGCGCCUGCUGCCGGCGCACGCGCGGCAGGCCGAGAUCGUCGCGGCCGUGGCGCAGAGCGGCUGCACGGUGAUCGCGGGCGCCACGGGCUGCGGCAAAACCACGCAGGUGCCGCAGUUCCUGCUGGACGACGCGCUGCGCCACGGGCGGCCGGUGCGCAUCGUCUGCACGCAGCCGCGGCGCAUCUCGGCCAUCGGCGUCGCCACGCGCGUCGCCGACGAGCGCGCCGAGACGCUGGGCCGGGGCACCGUCGGCUACGCCGUCAAGGGCGACGCGAAGCAGGGCGCCGACACGCGGCUGCUGUUCUGCACCACCGGCGUGCUGCUGCGCAUGCUCAGCAGCGACCCGCUGCUCGAGGCGGUCACGCACGUGGUGUGCGACGAAGUGCACGAGCGGUCGGUCGACUCGGACCUGCUGCUGGCGCUGCUGCGCGAGUGCGCAGGCCGCCGGCCGCAGCUGCGCGUCGUGCUGAUGAGCGCCACGGCGCAGAGCGACGUGUUCGCCGCGUACUUUGGCGGCCGCGCGCCGGCGCCGGCGCCGGUGCUCAGCAUCCCCGGCCGCACGUUCCCGGUGGACGACGUGUUCGUCGAGGACUUUGCGCGCGAGGGCGCGCUGGCCGACCAGGCAGCCGGGCUCGGCGACGUGCAUGCCGCGUGCGUUGCGCUCUGGGACGACCGCCACGGGCUGCUGCCGGGCGCGGCCGCCGGCAGCGGCGAGGGCUGCAUCGACUUUGCGCUGGUGGCCGCCAUCGUGCGCCACAUCCACGCCACGGCGCCCGUCGACCAGUCCGUGCUGGUGUUUGUGCCGGGCGCGGCCGAGAUCCGCCAGUGCAUUGGCGCGCUGCCUGCGGGGCUGCACGUGCUGGCGCUGCACGCCGGGCUGUCGGCCGCCGAGCAGCGCCGGGUGUUCGACCGGCCGCCCAGGGGCAGCCGCAAGGUCGUCGUGGCGACGAACGUGGCCGAGACCAGCAUUACGAUCGAGGACAUCGGCUUUGUCGUCGACUCGGGCCGCGUGCGCGAGGCGUGCCGCGAUGCGCACUCGGGCAUUGCGCGCCUGGCCACGCGGUUCUGCUCGCAGGCCGCGGCCACGCAGCGCAGGGGCCGCGCCGGCCGCAUGCAGCGCGGCACCUGCUACCGCGUGUACACGCGGCAGACGCUCGCGGCCAUGCGCGAGCAUGCCGAGCCGGAGAUCCUGAGGACGCCCCUGGAGCAGGUCAGCCUGCAGGCGAAGGCGCUGGGCCACAGCGACUCGCUGCACUUCAUGCAGCGCCUGCUGACGCCGCCCGAGCCGGCGGCGGCGCACAACGCGGAGCUUUUGCUGGUUGCCCUGGGUGCUUGCGACAAGGUGGCCGGCCCCCUGGGCGCGCUUGGCCGGCUGAUGGCCGAGAUCCCGGUGGACCUGCGCCUGGCCAAGAUGCUCGUGUAUGCGGCGGUCUUUGGGUGCUUGGACCGCGCGCUGGUCUUGGCUGCACUGAUGGCCCACGACAAGCCGCUGUUUGCUGCGCCGUUCGAGAAGCGCGAUGAGGCUCAGCGGGAGCGCAUGCGGUUUGCUGUGGAUGGCCACGGCGACUGGAUCGCCGACCUGUGUGCGUAUGAGUACGUGGCUGGGCAGCGCGGGCAGCUGGACUUUGUGUCUCGCGCGGUGAUGCGUGAUGUCAGGAACAACGUGCGGUCGCUGCGCGAGGCACUGGCCUUCACAGGCCUUUCGGAGCCGUCGGAGCCGUCGGAGCCGUCGGAGCCGUCGGAGCCGUCGGAGCUGUCGGAGCUGUCGGGGCCGCCGGGGCCGCCGGACCCGCUGAAAAUCACCCGUGGCGGUGCCGAUCCCAUGGUUCUGCGCGCAGUGGUGUUUGCUGGUUUGUCGCCGAGCAUCGCGCGUGUGCGCGUGCCCAAGCAAAAGUACUACGAGGUUGUCGGCGGUGCUGUUGGGAUCGACCGCGAGGCGCGCGAAAUGGCAUUUUACGCAGGCCAUGAUAUGCGCGCGGACCGCCGUGUAUUUAUCCACCCCCAGUCGACGAUGUUCUCGGAAAACAGAUACGCCGUCCCGUUUGUCACGUUUUUUGCACUGACGCAAUCGGGUGCGCAGAAAACCUACAUGCGGGAUGUUACGGUGCCUGGGAUGUACGCUUUGCUGUUGUUUGGCCCGCAGCUGGUCGUUGAUCCCGAAAAUAAGGUUGUCUGUGUUGGGCCCACGGGUGGUUUGGCUGUGAGGGCCUGGCCGAGGGUGGCGGUGUUGGUUAAUCAGCUGAGAAGCCUGUUGGAUGAGCUGCUGAGACGCAAGCUGGACGACCCCUCCCUGCGUAUUGCUGCGCACCCGGUUGUCGAGGCAGUGCUUGAGCUGAUUCGCACCGACGGCAAAUAG